AAUAAUCAAAAACUCGAAAAAUGGGUGCUUACAAAUACCUCGAAGAGUUGUGGAAGAAGAAACAAUCUGAUGUCCUCAAGUUCGUCACCAGAGUCAGAAACUGGGAGUUCAGACAAUACUCUGCCAUCACCAGAGUCACUAGACCAACCAGACCAGACAAGGCUAGAAGACUUGGAUACAAGAGAAAGCAAGGAUAUGUCGUCUACAGAGUCAGAGUCAACAGAGGUGGAAGAAAGAAGGUCGCCCCAAAGGGUGUUGUUGAUGGUAAGCCAGUCAACGAAGGUAUCCACAAGCUCAAGGCCGGUAGAUCCCUCAGAGCUUUGGCUGAACAGAGAGCUGGAAAGGCCCUCGGUGGUUUGAGAGUGUUAAACUCCUACUGGGUUGGACAAGACGGAAAAUCAAAGUUCUAUGAAAUCAUCAUGGUCGAUCCAUUCCACACAACCAUCAGAAAUGACCCAAGAAUCAACUGGAUCUGCAGAGACAAACAGAAGCACAGAGAAUGCAGAGGUCUCACCUCCGCUGGAAAGAAAUCUAGAGGACUCAAGGUCAAGGGACACAGAGCCAAAAAGGCCAGACCAAGUGUCAGAGCCAACUGGUACAGAAGAAACAGAAUCUCCUUGAGAAGAUACAGAUAAUUCUUCAACAUCUAUCUUAC